AUGCUCGGCAGCUUCACGCCGAGCGAGAGCCGCGCCAAGGCGAUCGCGGAGGCGCCCAAGGGCGGGCCUCCGAGCUCUGGCAGCAGCUCGAAUCUGGAGCAGUCCCUGAAGAAGCAGGAGACUCUCUUUCAUUCGGAGAAGCAGACGGCCGCGAUCGAGAACAUGAUGGGCGAGCUCCAGACGCUGAUGCUGUCCAAGGUCGAGGAGGAGAGGCGCAUCAACGCGGACCUGCGCCAGGACAUGGACGAGCUCCGCGCACAGAUCGGGGUUGUGCAGGACUCCUACUCGAACGCCUGCGACCAGCUGGAGAUGACGAGCAUGGAGCUUGACAGCAGGACGGCCAGGGUGGCCACGGACCUCACGCAGGAGCGAGACGGCGCCGAGCAGCGCACGGUGGAGGCGGCAAAGCGCCAGAAGGAGCUCGAGAGCGAGGUGGAGAAGGCGGAGGCCGAGCGCAACAGGAUCUUCGACCAGCGCAACGUCAUCGUGAACCACGUCAAGGACCUCGGAGACAUCGUGGUCCAGCGCCGCCACGAGAGGGACGAGCUGGAGGAGGCGCGCGCGGGGGCGGAGGCGCAGAAGGCCGAGCUGGAGAGGCAGGUGGCCGCCACGGAGGCGGACAAGGCCUCGCUGUCGCAGCAGAUCGGCGCCAGCUCAGCCGAGAGCGCCGCGCUGCAGGCCCAGGCCGACGAGGCCGCAGGCCAGACCGCCCUCCUCGUCGAGCAGCGCAAGGUCAUCAUCGGCGAGGUGGCCAACCUGACGUCGAAGGUCGUGAACCUGGACAGCCAGAAGGAGCAGCUUAAUACGGAGAUCGCGCAGCUCAACGCCGAGAACGCGGAGUUCGCCAAGAGGGUCGAGAGCCUCGAGGGCGACAAGACGUCCCUCGAGGGCAAGAUCGGCGCUCAGAAGACGACCGCUGGCAAUCUCGAGAAGAAGAAGGCCGCCAUCGAGGACGAUAUUGCACUCCUCAUGGAGCAGCGCAAGCUGAUCGCCAAGGAGGUCGCCUCGAUCACGCAGAAGGUUGUCACGAACGAGGUCGAGAAGGCAGCAUUGCGCGAGCAGAUCGCUGCAUCGGAGGCCCAAGAGGCGCAGCUCAACGAGUCGAUCCACGGCCUGGUGGGGGUCAAGGCUGGGCUCGAGCAGGACCUCAAGGACUCCCGGUCCAUAGUGGCCAACUACGAGAGCGAGAUCAAGGAAGUGUCGGGGCAGAUAUCGAACCUCAGGAGCCAGCGCAAGGUCGUCGUGGGUGAGGUGGCCAAGCUCACGGAUAAGGUGGUGGAGGCCGGGCGGUACAAAGAGGACCUGCUGGACCAGGUGUCCUCGCGCGACAACGCGGUCUCCUUGCUGGAGCAGAGGAUCUCGACCCUGCAGGGCCAGAACGCUGGCCUGCAGGCCAAGAUCGAUGCGGGGAGGGUUGAACAAAGUGAGCUGCUCUCGAAGCAGUCGGCGGCGGAGCAGGCUGUGAAGCAGGGGCUGGAGAUGCGCGCCAUGAUAUCCAAGGAGGUCGGCAGGCUGACUGACAAGGUGUCCGAGGCCAACUUCAAGAAGGGGCAGCUGGAGGAGGACAUCUUCCUCAAGGAGGGCGAGAAGGUCCAGCUGGAGGGCCAGGUGGCAGCCCUGGAGGGCGAGACAGGGUACCUCACCCAGAACGUCAAGGACAUGACGACGGAGCGGGACCGCCUUGUCAAGCGCAUCCUAUUCCAGAACGACAACAACAAGAAGCUCGAGGCGAAGACCACGCUGGGAACCGAGGAGAAGCAGCGGCUGUCGCAGCAGCUUGCGGAGGCCAACGCGAAGCAGAAGGAGCUCAGCGCGAAGCUGCAGCUGCGCCAGGAGCGGUUCGAGAUGCAGCUUCGCGAGGGUGGCGUGCCUCCAGCUCUCGAGGGCAAGAUCGUCGCCGCCGGCGUGACGGCCGAGGUCAGCCAGGUGGAGGUCCAGCUCAAGAGCGAGCUGCUCACCCAGAGCAGGGAGAACCAGCGGCUCAUGUCGGAGCUCCGGGACAUGAUCCGCAAGCUCGACGAGGUGCAGAUGCUCCAGGCCGCCUGA